AUGGAGAAGUUGAACAUCAAAGAGAAGCAGUUGCUGCCCAGUCGGACUGUGUUUCAUGGCAUUGUGCCCGGCUUGUCCUGCUCACCAAUCGGCAAGAUCAAGAUAGAUGUCAUCUUUGGAGAAAAGAAUCAUUUCCGUCGAGAAGCAAUCUGGUUUGAGGUGGUUGACCUGGAAAUCCCUUAUCAUGUGCUCCUAGGCUGGCCAGCUCUAGCCAGAUUCAUGGCGGUACCACACUAUGCCUACCUCAAGCUGAAGAUGCCUGGAACCAAGGGUAUUAUCACAAUAGCCGGGGACUACGAGAAGUCAUCCACCUGUGCUGCAGCCAGCAGUCGGUUGGCCGAGUCCCUUGUGAUUGCCGCUGAAAAGAAGCUCCUGGACCGGGUGGUGGCCAUGACCGGCAAGCAGCCGAACAUGUCACCAGAGCCCAAACAGUCAGAGACACAAGGCUCUUUCCAGCCGGCCAAAGAGACAAAGAAGAUUCCCUUGGAUCCAGGGCACCCAGAGAGGCACGCUAUCGUAGGUACCAACCUCGAUAGCAAAUAG